GCUCCUUUUUUAUUAGUUUUUUGACUUUUUUAGAACGUAAUGCUUUCUAUUUAUCCAUUUUUAUAUCAAUAUUCUAUUACAAUAGUGUUACAUAUGCUUCCAGAUGUGUCACAUGUUUUGAUAUAACCGCGUGCAACCCUGUUAUACUUUCCAGUCUAUUUUAAUUCGUUUUGGGUGGAUUUUUUUGGGUAAAGUUGUCGAAUUUGUCGAUUUUAUAUCACGCGUAAUUAAAAUAAAAUCCUUUUUCAAUUGUAUCCUUGUGUAUCGGGACGAUUUGAAGUGAAAUCUAUUUAUAUGCAAUGAAAUAUUAAAGUAUUAUUAAUUGUUAUGUGCUUAUUAGAUAUGUAUAGUUAAUGACGAUUUUAUGAAGAUAUUACAUAAACGGUAACGUGAACUUGAGAAGAGUUUGGUUCUUUUUUCGUAUCCUCCACACAAUUAACAUUGUAAUAUUCAACGAAUUGAUCGAAAACGAAAUGAUUAUGCAGGCUCUGUACAUGCCGUCGAUCCCUUGUGUUUUAUAUAUAUUGACAAUAUUGUAAAAAAAUUAAGUUUAAUCUAUACAUAUACAUACAUACAUAGUAUCAAAGCAAAUUCGAAAAAAAAUUGGAUUGAAAUUCGUCGUGAAAAUUGAGUUGGUAUAUAGUUUCCAACUCAUUUCUUACGAUACUCGUCGACAAAAAGGAAGCAGAAAUUUUUGAUGCAUUCAUUAAGUUGGACGACCCGUGUCAUUUCGCGAGCAUUGCGAAGUGGAUUUUCUACGUUGCUGGAGACGGCCAGCAAUGCAACAGCAAAUGUUAACAGUGCUUCGAAACAACGCCCGCACUUUGUUUCUGUAGUGUGUGGCUUUCCCAAAGACUUCCUCACCUCCAAAUAUAAGCCUGGCAAGUACGGCGAGGAUUCUUGGUUUAAGACGUCGACCACUAAUGCAGAUGUUCUCGGUGUUGCUGAUGGCGUUGGUGGUUGGCGCAACUAUGGAAUCGAUCCCGGUGAAUUUAGUUCUUUUCUGAUGAAGACUUGUGAACGUCUAGUCCAUUGUGUUAAUUUUAAUCCUCAACGACCUGUUAAUCUCUUAGCUUAUAGUUAUUGUGAAUUGCUAGAACAAAAGAAGCCCAUUUUAGGCAGCAGCACCGCGUGUGUACUCGUGUUGAACCGUGAGAAUAGUACCGUUUAUACUGCGAAUAUCGGUGAUAGCGGUUUUAUGGUUGUGCGUCAAGGCGAAAUCAUUCACAAAUCCGAAGAGCAGCAACAUUAUUUUAAUACACCAUUUCAAUUGUCUUUACCGCCACCGGGACAUGGUCACAACGUGCUGAGCGAUAGUCCCGAUUCGGCGGAUACGCUUAGUUUUUCGGUAAAGGAAGGCGAUGUCAUACUUGUGGCUACCGAUGGUGUCUUUGACAAUGUCCCUGAGCGUUUGCUGCUCGAUGUACUCAAAGAGUGUGAAGGCGUAACCGAUCCCGUGAAACUGCAGAUGACCGCCAACUCAUUAGCGUUGAUGGCGCGCUCAUUAUCUUUCGACAGCGAAUUUAUGUCGCCUUUUGCAAUUAAUGCCCGUCGAAAUAAUAUUAAUGCAACAGGUGGCAAACCUGACGACAUAACUGUGGUACUUGCAACUGUAGCAAUGUGAAAUUAAGUUAAUUUUAGAUUUAAUUUGUUAAACGUGUAAACCUUCUCGUUUUUUUGCGCCUCUUAAGUGUUGGCGCUGUGCAGCGGUGCUGCGUUUGUGCUGUGCUUUUGCUGUCGACAGAUCUCACAGUCACGUGUCGUGGAGUAAGAGAUCUGGCAGGCAGUCGCAUGUUUGGUCAGUGCCAGUGUCAGUGUCAGGAACUAUAUUGUGACACAUUUGCACGUAUGUGAUCCACUUCCUAUUACAAUAACAACAAAAACAUGAACAUCUGCGAUGCUAAAUGAUUAUUACUAUUAAUUUUACCUCUAUUCGUAUAGCCUAAUGAUAAGUUAUCUAUUUUUAGUUUAGUUCAUUUGUGAAUAUUCGUGUGCGAGUUUUCUUUUUAUAGUUUUAUUAAUUCGUUAGAUCUUAUUUCGCUAUUAAGUGUAAACAGUUUUAACUAGAACUACAUUACAAUGUUAUUGUACGGUUUAGCUAUGAGAAAUCUUGAAUGAGCGCGAUCUAAAACAUCUCGUUAAUUUGAAAAUUUCAUGAGAAAGAUAAACGAAAUUUACCAACACUUUUGUGCAAAUAUUUAUUCAAUAUACAUUAUGUUUAUUUGUUGUAUAUGUAGGUCCGUUACGUCGUUAGGCAUAUAGUUUGUACCCAAUAAUGAGACGUGACGUGCUUUUCGUCAACAAACAAUGAAUACCCACAGAACAAAUAAACUAUACUUAAUUAAUCGUAAAUAGAAAUUCGAAACGAUAUAUUAGAUUCAGUGAACGGACCAAAUAUUUUCAAAAUGUAUCAUUCUCAAUACGUUUAUACAUAUAAUAUAAUUACUUACGAUAAUAUACAAUUGAACGAAAUAACCGAAGUAGUAACCGAGCUAAUGCUGAUAAAAUAUUGUGUAGUUGUAGGAUGUUACUGAAGCGAAUGCAUAAUGGAAUGAAAAAAUAUAAUGUUUACCAAAUUCGAAAUUGUAGUUAAAUAAAAAAAAAAUUUGGACUGAAAAUUAAAGGAAAUAAAACACAAAACUCUUGAAAUAAUAAUAAUAUAUAGUGUUUGCUUAAUUCGAAUUAAUCAGUGCGUAUAUAUUAAAAUAUCGGAAGUUCGAAAAUUACAUAACCUUCAAACUAAAGGCUUGAUAUAAUUCAAAAGAUCUAUCUAAUAUAAUAAAGUCUAUGCAGUUUUGAAAACCGGUAGGUAAAUUUGGCAUACAAAAACCAAACCCAAAUUUUAGAAUACCAUAAUCCACAUGUGCUCUGCUCUCUGCGACCACGUGUGCGUCAAGCUAACAAAACCAUAUAUCAAAAUAUUUAUAUAAUGACUCAUAUUAAAGGAAACAAACUGAUUUAAUACUGAAUAAUACACCUAUGAAAAUAGAUAUUUCUGAAUUAAAUGAAAUCAUAAACGCAAUAAAGAUAUAAACAUUUAGACAAAAUUAAA